UCAGUAUAAUAAUUAAAACACAGUCAAAAUGAGGGAACAAGUCAGAAUGCGAUACAGGAGCUACGGUUACCAUCCUGCCAUGAAAAUGACCAUGUCGACAAGUUCGACGAUGACGCCGCGAAUCCAUCGCAAGGCGUUGCGUCUACCUUCAAAGCGACAUCCAGGCAAACUGCACACGCCCGGUAAACUACAACAUCCUGGAAAACUGCACUCGUCUGGGAAAGGUGGACAAAUGCACCAGCAUCACCAUCCUGGAAAAUUGCAGAACAUUCAGAGUAGAGGAAAAGCGCCGCAGAACGUGGAGACUUCGUGUGACAAUUCCAACGAUAGCGGAUUUGGAUACGAUCAUUUGGAGAUGUCUAGAAGCAGAUUAUCAUCAAUUGGAAGCGAUUAUGGAGGCGAUGCAUCGACGGCAGUCACGACCACAUAUGUUCGUUCGCUUAGUUCGGUAGAAGCACAUGGCGAACAGCCGUUAGCCAAACGUUUUAGGAGCGAUUAUGUACCCAUGGACGCGAACGAUGAUUCGAAUGAUUCAUUUAUGACAACCGAAAUUAAAAGAAUGACAAUAAUGCCCACAGCGGUGCCAAUUCACCGGGCGCUUCCCAGGCCGCAGAUUCCAAGGAGGCCUCCAAUUCCCACAGGACCACUCAUGACACAACAUAACAAUAUAUCACGAAACGGAAAAGUCAAAUUGGAAAUAUUGUGCCAACCUGAAACGCAACAUAGGGCCAGGUAUCAAACUGAAGGAAGCAGAGGAGCAGUGAAGGAUCGCGAUCAACACGGGUUCCCCAUAGUCCAAUUAAUAGGUUACAACAAACCUACAGUUUUGCAAGUUUUCAUAGGAACAGACAUGGGUCGAGUUGCCCCUCACAUGUUCUACCAGGCCUGCAGAGUUUCGGGGAAGAAUUCAACCCCUUGUACAGAAGUCAAAAUCGCUGGCACCCUGGUUAUACAAAUUGAAUUAGAUCCUGCGAAGGAAAUGAAAGUUAUUUGUGACUGCGUUGGUAUUUUAAAGGUAAGAAAUGUGGAUGUAGAGCAUAGGUUUCCAGAGCAGACCGGUUCAAGGAGCAAAAAGAAGUCGACAAGAUGCCGAAUGGUUUUUAGAACUGUUGUCACAAAUGAUGAUAAUACAACAGAAACUCUUCAAAUAUGCUCUCAACCAAUUAUUUGCACUCAACCUCCUGGUGUACCAGAAAUCUCAAAAAUGUCAUUUAACACUUAUCCAGUCACGGGUGGUAUGGAGCUGAUUAUAUUAGGAAAGAAUUUUUUAAAAAAUACACAAGUUGUUUUUGAAAAAUGUCGGAGUGCAAAUGAAGACGAAUACGUCACACCAAAUAGAGAGUUUUUACAGCAGAUCCACCUGGUUUGCACUGUGCCUCCUUAUUAUAAACAAGACAUCCAGGAGCCCGUGAAAGUCAGAGUAUUUAUAGUAUCUGGUAAAGAUGAUCAGAGCAGAAAAGCAAGUGAACCACAUGAGUUCACUUAUAUGCCAAUCAAUGCUAAUAAUAGAUAUUUUGCAGAAUGUGCACCUCCUCAAACUGGCUUGUCAUUGUGUGGAGAUCCUUCAAAUCGCUUAGGAAAUCGAUUUUUACCGGACGACAUGCCUCGACCGGUUAUGCUGUGGCGUUCGAACUCGGACGUCAAACCGAAAGCCGAGUUAGAUGUCAACAUGAUGCCUCCACCCGCACCUCUAAUGUCCAUAGGACAGAGGAGGCCUUCUGCAUCAAAUUUAAUACUGCCAGAUCCACACACGCCACCUCUCACAUCCUUAAAAUCUGAAAUUAUUGAUGAAAGCAGCCAGGGUUCCGAGAGUAAAUAUCAUAUAAAUAAUGAUAACUCCAUGGAUGGAAUGGAGAUGCUACGGCACAGAGAAAUUGCUAUGCGUAAAUUGGAAGCCAUGAAUGAUAAUUCUAUGGGAAAUGAAAAUUCCAUGGAUGCUAUGUCUUGUCAGAGAGGUUUCUUAACUCAUGGCGAGGAAUCCAUGCACGGAAUGCACUCUGCACAAAUAUUAGCUAGAUCUCUCCAGUCUUCGAAUAAUCCCACAUCGCAGCUUUCACCUCAGGAGUUAAAAGAAGUAAUGGAUUUACGAGUGAAACCAUCAGUUUGUGAUUUAUCACAAGCACAGCCAUCUUCGCUGGCUGCUAUUAACCAAUUUGUAGCUGGCGCAAGUAAUAUGCCACCCCAAAGUGUAGAAAACUUUUUUCAUAUGUCUAAAAUGGAUGCAAAUACUGGAAAACUUGAUAGGUUAAUUCCAUCUAGCAGCAUGUCUCAGCAGCUACAAAUGCAAACUGAAAGUUUGAUAAAAACCGAUCAACUGAUCCAAUCAGUUGCGGCCGCCGUGUUCAAUCCAUUACCUACUGCCAAUUCGACUGAAGUCUUAUUCCCUCCUACGGAAUCCACUGUGCCUUCCAUUAGUCAAAUAGGGGCAUCAUUGAAUCAGCUUUCUGAAAUGAUGCCACAUUCAGAAAAUAUUAUGCAGUCAUCUGGGACCAAUUUGACCAAUCAAUUACUUGCCAAUAAUAUAACGGCGUCUAUUGCCAAUGAACUAAUAAACGAAUCUCAAAAUAGUUCCUCUAAUUUUCGACAAAUGAUGGAAGAAAUGCCUACGCGGACAGAGGCAGCAUUGGAUUCUCUUUUGAAUAGCCAAACAAGUAAAGAUAAUUCACUAGUUAUGGACACAUCUGCCCCUAAUAUUUUAACAAGUACGCAGGGAACAUCAAAAUUAGACGCUUUAGUCAAUUCAACUGUCGAUACUCAUAUGGGAAGUCCUCCCCAAUCCUCAUCUAAUAUGUCUCCUAUAGUUUUAACUUCCAACGAAGAUUCUGUCAUGAAACAAUCAUCUCCGAACGUCCAGUCCAGCAUUUUAUCCCAGCCUUCUCAUUCAUCUCCCAUCAAUCAAGAUUUGAUGUCCAACAUGCGCCAUAAUCUUAGUUUAUCUCAACAAGUAUCUCAGGAUAUAAUCAUGGCAUCGCAACCAAAUUCAAACGAAAUGAUGAACCAAAAUGCAUCACCAUCGAAUCAAAAUAAUUCGCCAAGUAGUCACGAUAUGCUGUUAAGUUCACAAGUAUCUCCUAAUAUGAUGUGCCAAAGUAGCAUGUCCACGAGUAACGUGAUGCUUGAAAUUCAUCAGGUCACACAAGCUAUGAAUAAUAAUAUAUUGAACGCAGCCUUGAAUGCGACCUCUCAAGAUGUGACAGACAUGAUGAACAGCUCUAAUCUAAUGCAGCGAUCAACGCAAGAUGUUCACAAAAGUCCUCCAGUUGCUGUUAAGAACAUGAUUCUUAAUGCAGCGGCGGAAAUUUUGACUUCACAGCAAACUCCAAUAACGGAAUCAGCAAUGAAUGCGCUGAUGACUUCGGCGACAUUGCUGAACGAUAAUACGCCUCCUCCAAAUCAGUCACCGAUGAUAAUAACGCAAGCGCCAUCGGCGCCGCAGUCGGAAUUGCAACAACAGACAGAUCAGCAGAGAAUCAACGAUGCGUUGUGUCAGACGAAUCAACAGCCAACACUUUUGGAUCAACAUAUAAAUAACAUAAUGAAUCAGCAGAUGGAGUCAUCAAUGAUGGCCAGUAACGUGCAACAGAUGCUCAAUGCUUCUCAGUCGCGUCAAUAUAAUGUCGCGACAUCUCAAACACCGCAAUCCAUGAUGAACAACGUAUCCUUACCCCAGGCCAGCGCGAGCCAGAUUCUGUCCAGCCAAGAACUAUGCAAUGCGGUCAAUCAGCAGAUUCAACUGAGGCAAGCCGAGCAGAAUUAUCUGCAGGCCGUGGCACAAAGCGAAGCCGUCAACCAGGGAAUGAGAAACGACGGAAACUUUUCCACAAUGACUGAUAACGAUCUCCUGAGUUAUAUUGACCCGACCAGCUUCGAUAAUGUGCCAAUCGGUCAAUCGGAACUCAACCAUAAUGUUAAAUAUUAAUUCAAGAAGCAGAAGAAAAUGAAGAUUCAAAAUAUAAAAGUGGUGGUUAUAAGUCAAUUAAUAAAACAUUUAUUAUAUUGAUAAAUAGUUGUCAAUGAAAUUAAUUUCUCAAAAGAAACCGAA